GUGUGUGUGUGUGUGUGUGUGUGUGUGUGUGUGUGUGUGUGUGUGUGUGUGUGUGUGUGUGUGUGUGUGUGUGUAUGUGUGGUGUAGUCACGUGGAGACGGUAGAGUCGCCCUCGGUUCUGUCCAAACAGAACGUGAGCAUUUAGCAGUCUGUCUGUCGGAGCGCCGCUCGGUGCUAAACUGAUUCAUGUUGUUUUUUUAGCCACCCGUCCCUUUAAACUAGACUAUUAUAUCGAAGAAUGAGUGAUAACGAUGAUAUCGAAGUCGAUAGUGACGAAGACUCGCCGAGAUAUCACAAUGUGGCAGACAAACGGGCACACCACAAUGCGCUGGAGCGCAAGCGUAGGGACCACAUCAAAGACAGCUUUCACAGCCUCCGGGACUCGGUACCCGCCCUGCAGGGAGAAAAGGCGUCUCGAGCUCAAAUCCUAGACAAAGCCACAGAGUACAUCCAGUACAUGAGGCGAAAAAACCACACGCACCAGCAGGACAUCGACGACCUGAAGAGGCAGAACGCACUGCUGGAACAGCAAGUCCGUGCUCUGGAGAAGGUGAAGGGCUCCACCCAGCUCCAGGCCAGCUACUCGUCCUCUGACAGCAGCCUGUACACCAAUCCCAAAGGCAGCGCCGUUUCGGCGUUCGACGGAGGCUCUGACUCGAGCUCCGAAUCGGAGGCAGAGGAGCCGCCUAACAGGAAGAAGCUGCGCGUGGAGGCCAGCUAGAGAGCGGAGCAGUUUAAAACCUGGCCACGGUCGAGGCGGCGGGGCACAAGGGAGGGUGAGAGGAAAAGCAGCCUUCAAAGCUCUCGAGGCUCAUCGACCCCUCAUGCCAGCAACAACCAACCCCGGCCUCCCUCACCGUCCUCUCUCCUCCAUUUCUGGGUGGGCUCGCACUGGAGACUCGUGACCCCUCAAACCUCCACACGCCGCCGCCACAAUCGUCUCUCUUCCCACCCAAUCUCCAAAAACAGGAGGGAGGAAGUCAGCAGGGUGGAAGAUGACUGCUUCAAUCCAUCUAGAGAGCUUCAGGUUUUUUCCCCUUCCCAUCCCUCUCUUUCUCUCUUUUCUUUGGUUCUCCGUCAUUGGUAUUCCCCCCCCUAGCAACAUCAACAAUCCAAAACCCCAAACACAGGCAGCUUGGCUACUUAAGGACUUGAUGCUUUUUUUGUACCCUCAAUAAAGCCCCUCCUCCUCCCCGGGUUGUUUAUGGGGGGGAAGGGCGUGCCGGGCGUACUCCUCCAAGCACUGCUAUAUUAUAUAUUUUUGGGUUUUUUUUGUUGUUGUUUGUUUUAUUUUGUUAUUCUUGAUAAAAACCUGUUUAGAAUUUACACACACACACCUAGAUAAAUUGUCCUGGAGAAGUUUACCUUUUUAAAAUAAAAAAUAAAAAAACAUUUGUAGCUUACUUUUUCCACUAAAGAAUGUGAAGACGCUUUGAAGCAAAUGUUAAGUGAUAUCCACCUCAGGCCCACUGGAUUGCAGAUGUUUUCUGCCUGACAUGUUUGUUAACACAAGAUUAAAAAAGAAAACAUGACUCCUUUUGUUGAAAUUGAUGUUUUGAAGGAGAAUAUUCCUGAACUUGUAUCGUAUUUUGUCCUUUAGCUUGAAGUAGUGAAUGACUUUAGGUGGCUGAAUACGUUAGGCAUCUCGUUUUAUAGAUUAUAAAAAGCAUUGAUUGGCUGUUUUCAAGUUCAAAAGUAUGUUAUGCAUUUCGUAGUAAUCUCACAAGUCAUGGGAAAAUGCCAAUUUGUCACAUGUAGUUUUCCUUAAAGGUUUGAAAUAGGUAUUGAAUGUCAAAGGUAGCUCCCGUCUUUUGCAGUACAAGGAAGCGAAAUAAGUCCCUGUCGAUGUGUUGUGCUUUACACAGUAAAAAUCGAUGUUGCUGAAUCCCCCAAGGAAAAAAAGGAAGCAUUUUGCGUGUCUAGGAAACGUGUGUGUAUGUAUAUUGUUUCCAUUUUAUUUCCAUUUAGGAGGAUAUAAUUAGUGUAAUAGGUCUUUGUUUGUCCGAUUCCAUUCCAUGGAAAUUACAAGUAUGUUGUACAUACUGCCAACAAUUGUCUUGCAAGUUGAGGCCUACCUUUACUAUGAGACUAUAAAAUAAACUAUUUUAUCCUUUAA